UUUCCUACUUUCCUUCUUUCACUUGUAGCUCCGUUGCCGUGUUUUACGUGUGUUAAGCCUGUCUCUGAGUUUGUGAGCUUUCUUACGAGUGCGAAAGUAACCGCUAGCCAUGAGCAGAUUUUUCGCCACCGGAUCGGACUCUGAGUCCGAAUCUGAGUCAUCGGAGGAGGAGCAGAUCCCGCAGAAGGCAACAGCCAUCACAUCGGCAUAUGCCUUCAGCGAUGAUGAGGAAGAAGCCAAGCGUGUUGUUCGCAGCACGCGAGAGAAAAGGUUUGAGGAGCUGACUGACAUCAUCAAACAGAUCAAGAACCACAAAAAGAUCAAGGAUAUGAGUAAACUUUUAACAAGUUUUGAAAACUUGACAAAGGCCUUUCAGAAAGCCAAAGUGGUCAUUGAUAAGGAAGAAGGGGGCAACAUUCCCAAGUUCUUCAUUCGGAGCCUUGUCGAGCUCGAAGACUUCGUGACGGAGUGCUGGGAGGACCGUGAGGGGCGCAAGAACAUGUCCAAGAACAACUCCAAGUCGCUGGCCACCCUGCGGCAGAAGUUGCGUAAGUACAACAAGGACCACGAGGCUGACAUCGCCAAAUAUCGUGAGAAUCCAGAAGAAGAGGACGAAGAGCGUGAGGAUGACGAAGACAAGGACUCUGAUGUCGACGACGAGAUGAGCUUCAAAAAGAAGGUGUCCUCGAAAGCUGAUAAAGACGAUGCGAAAUCCAAGUUCGUCAAGGGUGGCUCUGAUGACGAGUCGGAUGACGAUUCAAUGGAUUGGGGAUCAUCGGAUGAGAGUGAAAGCUCUUCGUCGAGCGACGACGAAAAGUAUGGCGGAAACCUGGCCAACAAGUUCUUGAAGAACCGAGCUGGUGGUGAGAAGGACGAGCAGAAGGAACAGCGUCGUCGUGAGAAGAAGCGAGAGCAAAAGGACAAGCGCCGUGAGGAUGACGAGGAAGGAUGGGAGGAAGUCAAGGGUGGCGUGCCGCUCAUCAUGGAGAAACCCAAGAUGUUUGCCAAGGACGCUGAGAUCAACCACCAAGUUGUGCUGAAGAAGCUGAAUGAAAUCAUGGCCGCUCGAGGCAAGAAGGGCACCGACCGUUCGGAGCAGAUUGAGCUGCUUAGCGAGCUGCUGGCCAUCUCGCAAGCCCACAACCUGGGUCCCGGCUUUCAGCUGAAAAUCGUCUUUGCUGUCGUGUCGGCCAUCUUCGACUACAACCCCAACAUAGCAACCUGCAUGAAGCUCGACAUGUGGCACAAGUGCCUGGAGUUCAUCAACAUGCUUCUCGACAUUUUGAUCGAGAACAGCAACAUCUCGGUUGGCGAGCAUGUUGCGGAGGAGUCUGAGAGUCUGGUGACACCACCGUACAAAGUUAAGGGAUGCAUCCUCACUGUGGUUGAACGUAUGGACGAGGAAUUCACCAAAAUUCUUCAGGGUUGUGAUGCCCACUCGCCAGAAUAUGUGGAACGCCUGAAAGAUGAGAAGAAUGUGUGCGACAUCAUAGAGCGACUGCAGGGUUACCUGGAAGGCAGGGGUUCUGCUUCAGAACUCUGCCACAUCUACCUUCGUCGCAUCGAGCACCUCUAUUACAAGUUCGACCCUACUGUCCUUGCUCAACGCACCAAAGGGAAAGGUGGCGAUGCCACCACCGAAAAGCAAGACACAGACACCGAAAAAGCGCCGGCUAUGCCCGAGAAGGCCCCCGAAACAAAAUCAGCGGAGGCUCCGGUUAUGAACGAGGCCGGCGGCGAUCAGCCUGCCGCAGUGCCCGAAAGCGAGCAGAAGCCACUCCCGCAGCCACCAGCCAAGAACAGCCUGGAGCAGAUGGAGCAGCUGUGCAAGUUCAUCUAUGCCAAGGACAGCACGGACCGCAUCCGUACGCAGGCCAUCCUCUGCCACAUCUACCACCAUGCACUGCACGACAACUGGUAUCAGGCGCGAGACCUCAUGCUCAUGUCUCAUCUACAGGAGAGCAUCCAGCAUGCAGACGUGCCCACCCAGAUCAUGUACAACCGAGCGCUGGUUCAGCUGGGUCUUUGUGCAUUCCGUCACGGAAACAUUCGUGACGCUCACAACGCCCUGCUGGACAUCCAGAGUGGUGGCCGUGCAAAGGAAAUGUUAGCCCAAGGUCUUCUGCCUCAGCGUAAGGAAGAGCGUACGAACGAGCAGGAGAAGAUUGAGAAACGGCGUCAGAUGCCCUUCCACAAGCACAUCAACCUGGAACUGCUCGAAUGUGUCUACCUAGUGUCUGCUAUGCUUCUUGAGAUUCCCCAAAUGGCUGCUCACGAACUGGAUGGCAGGAAAAGAAUGAUCAGCAAGUCGUUCCACUACCAGCUUCGCAACACAGAACGACAGCCGCUUGUUGGUCCCCCCGAGAGCAUGCGGGAGCACGUGGUGGCAGCCUCCAAGGCAAUGCGGGUGGGCCGCUGGCGCGACUGCUUCAACUACAUCAUCAACACCAAAAUGAACGCCAAGGUGUGGGACCUGUUCCACCAGGCGGACACUGUGCGUGCCAUGAUCGCCCAGAAGAUCAAGGAGGAAUCCCUGCGCACUUUCCUAUUCACCUACAGUAGCGUCUACGACUCGCUCUCCAUCGAAACGCUAGCCGAAAUGUACGAGCUCAACAAGUCGGUCGUCCACUCCAUCAUCAGCAAGAUGAUCAUUGGAGAGGAGCUCAUGGCGUCUCUGGAUGAGCCCAACCUCAUGGUGGUAUUACACAAAACGGAGCCCUCGCGUAUCCAGGCUCUGGCCUUGCAGCUCUGCGACAAGGUGACAAACCUGGUCGACCACAACGAUCGCCUGCUCGAGAUCAAGCUCGGCUCCUUCUUUGGUCGGGGUGCAGGCCUUCAAGGAUUCAGGGACUCUGGUUACCAAAAGGAUGGCUAUGGCCAGCGGGAGCGCAACUGGGGCCGAAGACAGAACCAAAGGAACUAUUGAAGAGGUGGUUCUUAUAAUUAUUGUUUGCUAAAUAAACUAAAAGGUCCGGCCUGA